AUUUUCAGGAGAAAAGACACAUUAGCGGUUUUUGUGUCUUGAAAUACACAUUUCUAUAUAUAUCUAAUCAAUAUACUCGUGCAGUUAGUAUUGCAGCAUUUAGCUUAGCCUAUCUCGUUCCAUUUCACCUGUAGCUAGGUAUGUGUACCUGCCUGUUUGUCACGUUCAUAUUUCUACACUAAUCCUUAAAACAUCAGGAAGUCGCAUGACGCUGAUGUCAGCGGAAUGCGGGCUACAAAACAAAUGCAUGCUGUCAGCAAUAACUGACCUGAAAACAAACUGUGAGACAUCAGAGUUGAAGAAAAUGCAUCGUUUUCUCUGCUGUUGGUGCUUCUCUUGUGAAAACUCCGGCAACGAGAGGCAGCCUCUUUUGCAGCCCAGACCUGACCUGAAUGGAGCUAGAUCAGCCAGGCAGACAUCACCAGCAUCCACACAGACUGUAAAGCGAAUCGGCAGGCUGGUGAUGAGACGUGUGUGUGUACCAGAGUUGGACAAGAGGUUUUCUGACAUGGCUGAGACCUUCAAUGAGCAGCAAGCGUGCUAUGAGGCCAUGGUUGAACACAUCAGCAACCUACAACAAGCCUACGGUUGUGCCCACAGUGACACCCUGUCUUUUGCUGAAUGUGUGGGGAAGAUCAGAGAGGAGCACAAAGCCACACACAGGGUCUACUUUAGAAUUAAAGGCUAUGACUUCUCCCUCAGUGUGGUUCCUGUGGAGUUAGAGGGCAACAGUGAGGAGGAACCACUGCCUCCACUUCUGCAGUUGGCUCAGAAUGAAAUGAGGGGCACAUCUCAGAGUGCCAAGGCCACCGUAUCUAAGGGUACCACACUUCAAGAGCUGGCUGGCUGGCUGCUCCGUAGCAGUGAUCGAAUGACUAAGCAAGUGCAGGAAGUAGCAUCAUCUCACCAGGAGCAAGGAAGACUCAUUGUGAACCUGGAGGAAAACAUGAGGGAAGUGAGUAGGGCGAAGGAUUUGUCGGCAGACUACAGAAAACAAGCUGGAGAAGUCCUUUCUGAGGCUGCACAGAUUGCAGGGCCUCUUUUGUAGCUGGUUUAUAAACAUUUUAAAUGCUUUAAUUGAUUCCACAAAUUGCAUUUAAAUAAGAGCGGUAUUGUUGCCAGAUGGUUAGUGCUGUCACCUCACAACAAGAAGGUUCCGUGUUUAAGCCUCAACUGACCUGGUCCCUUUCUGUGCAUGUUCAUGUCCCUGUGCCUGCAUGGGUUCUCUCUGGGUACUCCUGCUUCCUCCCACCGUCCAAAGAAAUGCAACUUAGGCUGACUGGUGACUCUAAAUUACCCAUAGGAGAGUAUGGUUGUCUAAGUGUCAGCCCUGUGAUAGACUGGCAACAUGUCCAGGGUAUACCCUGCCUCUCGUCUAAUGUCAGCUGGGAUUGGCUCCCCCCGCAGCCCUCUUCAGGAUAAGCAGUAUAGCUAAUGGAUGGAUGGACUUUUUAAUAGGCCUAAGAUUCAAAUAUUUACAAAGAUUAUACCCACUCUUUUAACACUUGUGGGUAGGGAAACACAUCAUGUCACACAGUCAGACUACUGUUAUAGCUCAGACAGAAUAAAAUUUUGCUCAAUGUGCAGCUCCUUUUCUUGGUAAACAGUUGCAAACUACUGUCAAUUUGUGAACAUGGACAAAGCUACCAAAUAUCAGUGUCAAUAAUCUGUAUUCAUAUCCUAGCAUUUGCUUCAACAUGGGAAAUCUUAGAAACACACAAUGUUGUGCAUGGUAUACUUUUUCAGUGCUUAGGGGGCUUUUCAUUUGCUGGCUUACAAGGAUAUAAAGACUCAUAUCUGCUUUUUAUACUUUAUUAACAUUGUAAUAAAAAUA